AUGACGAUAUUUCUCCUCGCGUGGCUGGCUUCUAUACUCUUGUACCCAGUCUCUUUCAGUGUUCCGGUGGCUGAACAAUUACAACCAUUUCAAGAUAUGAUAAUUGAUGAAGUUGACAUGAGCGACUUUGGUAAGUUGUUGUCGUUGUUUUUCUUCUCUCUUAGUAGGAUUGCCCGCUUUCUCUUGUUUUAUUGGAUCUAAUAAUUCAUAUUGAUUAGUUAGCGUUCCAAGGGCCAAUGAUUUUUCUCCAAAAAUAUCGAUACUAAACAUUUCAUCCUAGCAACGAAGAUGGUCACUUAAAUAGAUCUUGCAAUAAAAGACCGAUCUUCGUCCGCUCACUCUCAAUGAGAGAGAUCUCGUUGCCGUUAAAACUUUUCAGAGAAUCUGAGAAUGAAUUAGUGGCACGCAUUUUAGGAUUUUCAUAAAUCUCUCUAACACUUAAGUGACGAUCCACAAACCAGUCAUGCGGAAGUCUAGGAAGGGGCGUCUUUCCUCCAGGGUAUGCCUUGGUGGGUACUGCCAUAUAUGGGCUCUAUAUGUAUCUGCCGCUCUGAAAGGUAUAGUUUUCAAGUAGUUUAAUCUGGGAUAGGAUAAAGAAACAAGAGAAUCUGGGUCCAGUAUACAGUAUUAUUUUCCAGGAACUGAUCAAUUGGUUAAAGAGUCUAAAAAAAAAUAAUGAACUUGACGUGUCUAUAUUUACCCCCCAUCUCAGCUAAUAACAAAGAGAGCAUCGACCUCAUUAAUUUCUGGAAAAUGGCGACCCUAGGAUAGGGAUGGAUUAGUAAGUGUUAAUGUUAACUUAGGGGAGGGGUAUGUGGGCAGUUUCUCAGAAACGUUUAAUCGGUUUAGUCUAGUAAAGGGAAGCAAAAUUCAUCUGAAAUAGGUCUGGUAUAGGCUAGGGAGUCCAGGGUCCCACCCACCCACCCGAAAAUUUCUAAAGUGUCCUCCGGCCAGAGGAGUCCCUCACUUGAGGCCCUGAGUUGAGAAAAUGCUUACGGUAAGCCCUUAACUUGAGGUUUCUGUGGGUCAGUUGUCUUGACGGAGUCGGGCGCAGAAUGCUGUUGACGGACUGUUAAAGGUAAAGGACCUCUGAAUUUAUUGGUUUCUGCUAAUAAAAUAUCUUGUAAACACAUAGAAAGGGUCAACGUACAAGACAAAGGUUCUAUCCAUUCUAAUGGUCGAUCUAGUGGAAAAAAGCAAGGCUACUCUCCUGACUGUACAUCUGUGAGAUUAUAGAUUCUUUCAAUAUUUUGUCACGCACGGCCUAACCUCUUCUGUCAGUGGAUGACUUAUAACUAAAAGAAAUUUCUUUACAUUCAAAUAAACCAAGAAACAAAAGCCUAGGAUAUAUGAGUUUAAGUUCCUUAAUUUUGAGGUUCGUUCCUCAGCAGUUUUUUUUUACCAAAAAUAACUGCUAUGCUGUUAACUGAAGCGUUUCCACCAAUUUCUUUUCACCUAAGUGUGUACUUGUUUCUCAAGCAAAACGAUAUCAUGUUACGCCGAGACACGCACUUUAAAUAUUACAGAUUGUUGGUCUCUGAUCGAAAAUUCAAUUGAGAAUUCUUAUAGCCUCUCCCUUACUUUUAGAUGUGAGUAGAAUGACAAAACUUCCACUUCACACGAACCACGUAAAACGGCGCUCCCUCGAUCACGACAGAUUGUGUCCGGUUGAAGUGAUUCGCCUCCAAUCCAAAGACUUCUUCAAAGACCGUUUCUCACAAAGUGCUGUUAUCAUACCCUCAACCUUCAAAACAGUAAAGUGCCUCAACAUCACGGUUCCAUCUCACCUCGCCAGGGAUCGACACUGUCUGAACAUUAUGGACUGCCAGGAGACUAAGACCAGAAAGUAUUUUAUGGUUUUUGAUCCGGCCAAACGAGAGACAAAUGGUUGCUUGCGAGGUCGAAUAGCUCAAAUCAAGAGUGUUCCUGUAGAAUGCAGCUGCCUAUGGCCUCGGUAUCUUGGUAACAAUCCGAGUUUAUUUCUCCACAGACAACAUUGAAAUCACUGUAAAACUCCUCUUUUCAUGAUGUUUUAAGGCUAAUAUUUUGGUUCAAAAUAAAGGUAUAUUGUUUGCAAUUAAUCACGUCUGUCGUAUUUUUUCAAACCGUAAAUUUUAUGUGUAAGGUGGCUCGUACCAGUUUUUCCCUUUUUUGACACGGGGUGGGAAGAAAAAGUGAGCCAAAGCUAAAGCAGCACUUUUUUAAGUCUGGAUUAUACAAAGAAUGCUUGAACUCAUUAAAAAAGGAACUGUUAUUUAGUCAUUAGUAGUAACCAUGGUAACAUAUCUUACGGAUUAUUUAAACCUAAUUUUCAGCUUCCAGAACUGAUUAAACCAGUGACCCCUACCUUUUUUAGACGAUAGCUUUUAGCAUAAGAAAAGGGAAACAGUGAUUUUAAAAUAUUCUACGGGGCGGAAUUUUUGUAAAAGUGACAUUUGUGCCCAGUGCAAAUUUCCCUUCCGUAUAUAUUUUGUAAUAUUUUCUUUGACGUUUCCUUUUUACUCUAACAAAAUGUUAAAGCAAUAAAAAUAGGGGAUUACCGGACUUGUUUUCUUGUAACAAAUCCCCAAGCGUGUUUUCGUGUUUAUGGAUAUGAAUUGUAUAAGAACACGGGGUUACUCAUGCGAUAUUUUGCCUGUACACUUGCCGGCAUCCAGCGAUUUAGCUUACGGUCUUAACAGAGGAGUUGUUAUGAGGUUUUUCCGUUCAUUUGAACAUUUGGUAACUUGAAAUAUCGUCGUUCUCUCUACGAGGCUAGCCGUGCCUAAACAAAGCUUUUUAAAUCUCCUGAGACAAAAUGGCCGCCGCGUGACGCGUGUCAUUUUGCUUCAACGACCCGAAUCCUUUUCAACUUUCCUAUACUAGGUCUUUCAUAUUGCUCAAUAGCUUUUGUAUGGCAUUUUACCAUCCUUCCUCUGUUAUCACCUCUCACACCAUCCUUGUUAAGGUAGCUCAGUCUUAAGGUUGAUUUCCACUGACGCAUUUUUGGCUACAUUAACGCACGUAAAUUUUAAUCAUGAAAAUAAAUAGAGGCAAGAUAAAAAGUGCUGAGCUCAAACGAGAAGUUGAGCGAGCUUCAACUUUUACGCUUACGAGCGACCUUUCAUACGUUGUCUCUAUUUUAUUUGCAAACGUAAAUUUUACGCACGUAUGCACAUAAAAAUUGGGCGACACUGGAAAUCAACCCUUAGGGUGAAAAAUCUGAGUGACUCCCACAGGAGGAGACUGUGGGAUCGUUACUUCUACGUCUUUUGACCUCUUACGUUUAGGCCCUGUUUAUCUGAGAAUAAAAAAUUAUGCAUUAUCAAAAGUUUCCCAUCGACACUUGAGGCUGCUGGCCAACAUCAGAACACAUAUCUGGCGACAGGUAGCUGGGCCAAGCAUGACUUCAGUGUUUUCGAAAAGUUCGGGGUUUUUUUCGUACACCCGUCUUUUCCCGAAGACUCAACUUUCGAGCACGUUUUCGAAAACCCCCGAACGUUUUAAUUUCGACUCAGUUGACAAAUGUAUGAGACUGUACGAAUUUUAUGACCUUUUAUAGCAAACACGCAUUAGUGUGCAAGACGCUGUUUUAAUACAGUUUACCGCCGGAAACAACAUACCAAAAUCAUAAAACUUUCAAGUGAAAAAGGAAACAUAAAAGUAUGAAAAAAUUAUGUGAAAAUCUUGAUAGUGUUCGCUGGCGAGAAAUGAAGGGUCUUCUGCUUCGAAGGAAGGCUAUAGGAGAUACAAAAUGUAUGGUCAUCAGAUAGUAAGCAAAAAUAGAAAAACAAUUCGUUUUUUAUUAAAUCAUUGAAAAUUCGAUACAUCAACCAGAAUGGUCGAUUCGAUUUCUUGAAUAAGGUUCCUUUUUCCGGGAGCCUAAUUAUUUUUGCACUUAUUAUUUUUGGACACGGCCCACUUUUGGUUUGAACGCUGCUUUUUAUGGUGUUUUAGCCUGUUUUAUUUGGUGUUUUAGACUUUUCCGACGAAAUGAACCGUUCAUUCGUCAGCUCUGGCAGAGCUCCGCUCGAUAUGUUCAAGUUAGUAGAAGUAGAAGAACUGAAGACAGGAAAAUCAGCAGAUCCUUUAUACUCCUGCAUCUUAUCUCGUUCCUCAUUAAUACGAACGUUUUCAUUAUUAUUAUUAUUUUUGGCUAGCUUGAUCCAAUAAAUUAAAUUUGCAACACAUCGUUUUGAAAUUUCAACUGGUCUGUGACAACACCGUCACUCAAAUUCAUGGUUGUUGCUCGCUCCGGUUAUGGUUUCUGCUUCAAUAUGGGAGACGUUGAAUGCAGUGUGAAUGUUUUUGUCUACUCUUAUACUAAACUUUUGUGUUCAUUUGUCUUUAACCAGCGCUUAUGGCAUUUUAAAAAAUUUUUACCCCAACGUGCUACCCCGCUGCUCUGUAGCAUGGCUUCUUUUGAAGAAGAGAAUUCUUUUUAUUUCUUCUUUUAAUUUAACAGCGUUUUCAAAACCAUCUGGUCUGAGCAAAUGUGUUUUCCAAGUAAUAAUGCAUUCAAAAUUACUCGAAAACAGUUUGUAGCCUUCAUUCGCCAAGGAUUACAUAAUACAAUUUCUGUAUCAAGAUCAAAAGGAAUUGUUUUAUUUGCUUUGCAAUGACUUUUUAGAUGCAGGAGCGGAUGACGUUGACGAAUAGUUUAAGCUUUAAAUUUUUUGUUAUGGCUAGCCAGCCUAUUCAUCGGGUCAGUCAAUGAUAUUCUCUGCCAAAUAGCAGUCGUCAUAAACGUUCAGACGUGUAAAUAGCAAUAACGAACCAAGAAUAUUUGGAAAAAUAAAUAUUUGGAAGCGUUCAUUAAUAUCUAGUAACGUUUUGCGUUAAAGUCAGUCAAAUCUCGCGUCACCUAAAGUUAUGUUUGCCUUUGAUAUUAGCGAUAAUAUCCAGAAUUACAAACUACAAGUAUCGUUGACAUGGAUGUUUGUUAAGAAUGUUUCUCAUUAAAUUUGAGAAACCCAGCUGCGUGGAUUUAAUUUACCAAAUCUUAUAACUUUUGAUUUAAACAUGAACUCAACCUCGUAUUGACUUCUUACUGCGAUGAACUUUGGAGUCUCCUUAAAAAUUUCCCUGAUUCGUUCUUUGUAAUUGCUUUUUCAGUGUGGGGUUGCGCGUUAAGUGAAUUCAGAACAAUAACAAAUAACGUGUGUAAUAUGCCAUAUGUUUGGAAAGUGAGGCGAAUUGAAAAAGAUGAUUGCCAUUUUGUCAGAAUGGGUCGACUUCAAAUUAAGUUUGUUUGGAUUUAGUUAAUAGAAUCCUCAGAGUUUACUUCGAAUCAUAUUCAGUUAAGACAUCUGGAUCUCCUCCUUGCCUAAUGCUGAACUUUGAAGUUAGAUCAAUGGCUAGUUUUGGCACAGUUUGGUACACUGCAAUGGUGGUAUUCUUUCUGAAAGGCGCUGCAAGCUCAAUAGAAAAGAAAGCUUUAAAACAGGGAGAUGUUAAUUUAGGAGGUCUUUUUCCCAUACACAAGUCCGCCCAAGAAGAUAACUGUAGUAUGUCUUUCAAGGAGGGAGUCAUUCUGACAGAAGCUAUGAUACACGCCAUAGAAGUGGUCAACAACAGUACAUUACUUCCGCACGGUAUAACCCUGGGUUACGACAUUCGCGACACUUGCAAUAGUGUCAUUACGGCUCUAAAGGCGUCCCUGGACUUUGUAAACGAGAAAACCAGCCGCGGUCAAAUGGAGAAUAUUACAAGCCAUUACCUGACACGAAAGCCGGUAGCGGUGAUAGGGGCUGGAAACAGCGAAAUUUCCUCUGCAGUUAACAACAUUUUUAGCAUCUUUAAGGUACCGCAAAUCGGCUAUGCCUCGACGUCUCGUGUUUUGAGCAACAAGAAGCUUUAUCCGACAUUCCUAAGGACCGUUCCACCGGAUUCCCAUCAAGGGCUAGCAAUUGCGAAGAUUGUUUCUCAUUUUCAGUGGAAUUUUGUUGCGUUACUCGCCUUGGAUAAUAUCUACGGAAGGCCUUUGGCCGAAACUUUUAAGGCUGAAGUGAAAAAGUUUGGAGUGUGUUUAGCAAUGGAUAUUUUGAUUCCUUACAAUCCAACCAAAAGCAAAAUUGCAGAAAUAGUUGGUAAAAUCCAUCAAGACAAAAAUAUUGGAGUUAUUUUGCUCUUCACUUCGGAAAAGGAAGCUAUCAUGAUACUUGACGAAGCUGCCAAGCAAAACAUCUCGCGAAGGUUAUGGAUAGCGAGCGACUCGUGGGCUGACUCACCGAAGAUUGCCGAAGAUCACGCGGAGAUUGUCGACGGCAUGCUCCGCAUUAUAAAUCAGCCUACAGUUGUACCAAAUUUUAUGAAAUACUUUUACAGAUUAACCCCAUCUACGAAGAGUCACAAUCCUUGGUUUGGUGAAUUCUGGGAGAAAAUAUUUCAUUGUAACAUCCUCAAGAAAAAUUUUAGACUUCCAAAGGCGAAGAGCUCCCAGAUGAAGAACUGUUCCGGUAAAGAACGACUUUCUUCUGUGCUUCAAGACACUGAUGCAUUGUUCUCUCGAGUGUCCUACGUGUUUGAUGCCGUAUUCUCGGUCGCAUAUUCCAUUAAAGAAAUAUGUGAAAGAAAUCUUUCAACAAAAUCCAAUGAAGGCAUUUAUGAUAAAGAUAUUUACGUCAAUCGGGUCACGCCUUCUUCGGUUCUGUCACACAUUUUUAACGUCACGUUCCAAAGCGUGACGAACCAUACCGUAUCAUUUGACAGCGAUGGUGACGCAAAUGGACACUACGAUAUAAUUAACUUCCGUAAAGACGGAUUAAUCACGACCUUUUUGACGGUCGGUAAAUAUAAUGGCAAAACAGGAUCGUUAAACUUUCAAAACGAGACGAUCCAUUGGCCGGGUGGAACCAAGUUACCCCCGUUCGGACGCUGUAGCGUAGAAUGUUCGCCAGGCACCUACAAGGUAAUUUUAAAACCAGUUUGUUGCUGGAUAUGUAAGCCGUGCCCUGCUGGAAGUGUGAGCAACGCAUCAGGUGUAUGUACGCAGUGCCAAUGGGGAAAAAUCCCAAACAGAAACAAAACCAAAUGCGUUGUCAUUCCCGUGAUUUUCCUUCGCUGGGAGAGUGCUUGGGCCUGGUCUCUAAUCGGAACCAUAAUCCUCUGCGAGUCUCUCUGUGUCUUUACAGUCGUUGUAUUUCUGCGUUACAAGGAAACUCCUAUUGUUAAAGCCGCCAACCGAGAAAUAAGUUUUUUGCUGUUGUUUGGUUUAUUGGCGGGUUUUUUAAUUCCUUUAGCGUACAUCGGAAGGCCAACAGACAUAAAUUGUAAGAUACAGGCUAUUUUAUUUGGUGCAAGUUUUUCAUUCUCUUUAUCGAUGAUAUUAGCCAGAAUUAAUCGAACUGUUGUAGUUUUUAGAUAUAGCAAAGUUACUCCACGGAAAAAAUCAAAAUUCUUGCGGAGGUAUCUGGGUCUAUUCCUGUAUAACCGGACUCAAAUAAUGUUAGCACUGUUUUUCACCGUCCUAGAGCUUUUGCUCUGUUUCGUAUGGCUACUGUCAAGUCCACCGCGGGUCACACUUCGCCGGCUCACGAUUAGUGAAAACUUAGCGAUGUGCGAUGUAGUGCCGAAUUUUGGACACAUUGCUUCAAACGCUUUUAUCAUUUUUCUAAGUCUUCUUUGCACAUUUGUAGCCUUUAAGUCAAGAAAAUUACCACAGAAUUACAACGAGGCAAAGUUCAUUAGUUUUGCUAUGUUUGUAUUUAACUGCAUCUGGCUAACUUUUGUUGGUGCAUUUUAUGGAACUCCAGAUGGCUAUCACAAUGUUAUUAUAAACUGUUUCGCAAUUAUAGCUUCCAAUUUUGCUAUCUUUGCUCUGGUAUUUGGGCCAAAACUUUACAUAAUCCUUUUUCGACCUAGUUUAAAUCAAAUGCAGGUCUUUCGGGCAUUGACCGCUCGGUAUACGUUCAGAUCGAGCCGACGAAGCUCAGCCUUGACUUCGGGCGACAUGAUGGGAAGUUCCUGCGUGAUGAAAGAGAACAAGUAUGUUCAGACUUGUAGUGCAAUGAAUUCGGAGGAAUCAGAGAUCAAAGGAGGACCUUUUACUUGCUCGGGAACCCCAAUUAAUUGUGACGCUCAACCUAACAAAGCAACAUUGAAAUCAAGACAAAAACCUGACGAAAACGUGCUUUUGAAGGAAGUACACAUCUGCAAACUGUGCCGUCCUAACAGGAGAGCUGCUUCGGACAGUGCCUUGAACAGACCUAGUGAAGACUUCGGGGACUUAAGGACAUUUCAAAGACAUUUGUUGAUUCAUGGAGGUUGUUGCCCGCUCAGAACACGAAGAGAUGAGGUUAGUCACAUAGCAAAACAACCACUGAAUGACAGAGACGACAUUAACCAAGAAAACUGUUUUGCAGUAGACUUUUUAUCACUAACUGACAAGGAAAAGUUCGAGCGUGAAGAAAACCUGUUAUACCGAAUUUCCUACACACCAAUUCAAGCAAACUAUUCUCUUGCUAGCGAUUCCAUGUCAAAUCUAUGCUUGAUUCCUUUGUCAAGAAAGAAACACUCAUUUUGCCCUACAAACUACCAGAUCAAUUGCAACUACAGAGGAAUAAAAGAGAGCCAUGUUUAG